CGAUCCUUAACCGUCGAUUCCGUUUGCUUCAAUUCAAUUUUCAGUUGGUCUUUUCAAAUUUCUACUCACUCAGCUCGAACACUUGCUCACUACGCCCCGCAGCUGCAAGCUGAUCGCGAAUCCUUCCCCGCCGGCGGCCAUCCACCUUUCCUCGCCAUCUUAUAACUCGCCGAGAGAAAGAAGAUGCCGCAGGAAAAUAAUAAUUCAAUAUUUACGACCCCUGGCAAGAACAAUUUGAGAUCGACUUCAUAUUCAUACAACACCACCUCCGACGAGAUUAUCAACGACGACGAGUUGGCCCAGAGAAAAGCCGGCGAAGCGGCAUGGAGGAGGUACCAGGCAGCGGAAUGGCUCAGAAGGAUGGACGGCGGCGCGUGGGAGACUUUGCCCGCCGAACCUUCAGAAGAGGAGUUCCGUCUUGCCCUCCGGAAUGGCCUCAUUCUCUGCAACGUCCUCAACAAGGUCAACCCUGGUGCUGUUCUCAAGGUGGUGGAAAAUCCCAUUAUUGCCGUGCAAUCAACAGAGGGAGCUGCCCAAUCUGCCAUUCAGUAUUUCGAGAACAUGAGGAACUUUUUGGUGGCCGUUGGAAAGAUGAAGCUCUUGACUUUUGAAGCCUCCGAUUUGGAAAAGGGAGGCUCAUCAAGUAAGGUUGUGGACUGCAUUCUCUGUCUGAAAGGAUAUUAUGAGUGGAAGCAAGCAGGUGGAAUUGGGGUUUGGAGGUAUGGUGGAACUGUGAAGAUCACAUCCCUCCUUAAGGAAUCACCUUCUUCUUUGGUUGGCAGUGAAAGUACUGAUGAGUCAGUAGAUGAAUCUGAGUCAUCAUUAUACGAACAGCUAUUGGAAUUUCUCCAUUUCUCUAGUGAGGUCUCUACCGAAGAAUCCAAAGCGGCCAAUGCUCUGAGCUUCCUCUUUGAUCGUUUUGGGCUUGGACUUCUACAGGCUUAUCUUAUAGAGCAUGAUGGAAUUGAAGACUUUCCUUUGAAUGCAAUGGUAAUUGACACAGUGUUGACGAAGGUGGUUAAGGAUUUUUCAGCUUUGCUUGUUUCUCAAAGCAAUCAGCUUGGAGUGCUUUUGAAGAAAUUAUUGAAAGGUGAUACUGUUUCUCUAUCAAAAGCUGAAUUCAUUGAAGCCAUUUCACAGUAUCUUGAUCGAAGAACUGGUUUGGUAUCAAAUGAUUUUUCGAAAUACUGCAUUUGUGGUGGGAAACGCGAGAAUAUCUGGCAUGGAGUAAAUGAUUGUUCAGGUCACAAGGAACUAAUUGAUAUUCAGCAGAAAAAGCUUGAGGAACUAAAAGCUUUUUUCCAAGAUGCAAAGCUGGAAAUCAAACAAGUCCAAUUAGGCUGGGUGGAAGAACUUAGAAGGCUUGAGCAUCAUAUAAAAAGCCUUGAAGUUGCGUCAUCUUCCUACCACAAAGUUUUAGAAGAAAACCGAAUGCUUUUCAAUCAAGUUCAAGACCUCAAAGGAACCAUUAGAGUUUACUGUAGAGUAAGGCCCUUCUUACCAGGACAAUCAGGUGGGCAGUCAACGGUAGAUUAUAUUGGAGAAAAUGGAAAUAUUAUGAUUGUCAAUCCUGUUAAGCGGGGCAGGGAUGCAAGAAGGGUGUUUACAUUCAACAAAGUCUUUGGGACUAAUGUGACACAAGAGCAAAUAUAUGUUGAUACUCAACCGUUGAUCAGAUCUGUUCUAGAUGGUUACAAUGUCUGCAUCUUUGCAUAUGGACAGACUGGUUCAGGGAAGACAUACACAAUGGCUGGACCUGAUUUGACAACUGAGGAGACAUGGGGUGUAAACUAUAGAGCACUGUGUGACUUAUUUGAAAUAUCAGAGGCAAGGGCGAAUAUCAUUGAAUAUGAGGUUGGAGUCCAAAUGAUUGAAAUAUACAAUGAACAAGUCAGAGAUUUAUUAGUCAGUGAUGGCUCCAAUAGAAGAUUAGAUAUACGAAACAAUUCUCAAUUGAAUGGCCUUAACGUACCGGAUGCAAGUUUAAUCCCGGUUACCUGUACUCGAGAUGUUCUUGACUUGAUGAGUAUCGGCCAAAGGAAUCGUGCUGUGGGUGCUACUGCUUUAAAUGAGCGGAGCAGCCGUUCUCACAGUGUUUUGACAGUUCAUGUCCAUGGAAAGGAGUUAGUAUCUGGAUCCAUUCUUAGGGCUUGCCUUCAUCUAGUGGAUCUGGCUGGAAGUGAGAGGGUGGAUAAAUCUGAGGCUGUUGGAGAGAGACUAAAAGAAGCCCAACAUAUAAAUAGGUCACUCUCUGCACUCGGAGAUGUUAUUUCUGCUCUCGCACAAAAAAGUACCCAUAUUCCUUACAGAAAUAGCAAGCUUACACAAGUUCUGCAAGAUUCUUUAGGUGGGCAAGCAAAAACAUUGAUGUUUGUACAUAUAAACCCUGAAGUCAAUGCUUUUGGGGAGACUGUAAGCACACUCAAGUUCGCUGAGAGGGUUGGCUCCAUAGAACUUGGGGCUGCUCGAUCUAAUAAAGAAAUUGGUGAAAUUCGGGAACUGAAAGAUGAGAUCUCAAACAUCAAGUUAGUAUUGGAAAGGAAGGAAGCUGAACUUGAGCAACUGAAAGGUGUGACUCUUCGAAGCUUCACUGAAUUUCAAAAACCAAGAGCAGCUUCCCCUUAUCGCAUGCCAAGAUAUGGUGCCGGCUUGAAGCCUGAAAUAUGUCAGCGGGUUCCUGAGGAUCCUAAAGGCUCUGAGGCUAGAAGCAGUUCUUCGGGUAAGCAAAGGAGGUCACGUUUUCCCUCUGCACUAACGGAAAAAGAUUCCAUCCUGAAGAUCUCUUUUCCAGCUGAAGAGAGACAAGUAAGCAACGGAAAUAUAAGGUCACCAUCCCCUCCGCCUAGGAGGUCAGUGUCUACUGACAGAGGUGGUCAUAUUAAAAGCAGGGUCAAGCCUGAGACAACUGAAAACCAACCAAUUGCAAGACUUCCAUUUCCUGCUAGAGUACCUACUAAUAAAUCUAUUGCUGCAUUACCGUCAACUGAUAUGAUUUUAAGAGGGUACACGGGCUCACAGGAACCAGCAAAGCAGGAUAACAUCCCUGACCCUUUCUACAGCCUCCAGAGAAUCAACCAGAGGAGGAUUCAUCCAGAGCAUGAAGAGGAGCAGUUUAAGCAGGCGCUCAAUGUAAGGCAGGGUGGUGUUCGGAAAAGCAAGUAUGAAAGUAGUAGGACAAAGGCCAAGCAACAACUGCCAGCUAGAAUUCAGAAGUCUGACACUGAGUUGACAUUACUUCCUGAGUUGGAUGCUCGUGGGGAGAUGGAAGAAGCUCGAAAGAGUGAUUAUUCUGAGCCAGAAAAUGAGCAUCUAGCUGUUGUAUUACCAGUGCAUGGUCCUAAGUUGAAAAACCUUCAACAGAACAACUUGAAAAACUCUCAAAAUCUUGAACUGAGAGGACUAGGGCAGGCAGCAGAACCCCUAUUGGUUGGCAAACACGAACCCAAGCUCCCACAUUCUGUUCGCCAAGUGAAGGAAGGGAGCAAUGCCUCCAUACCUGAAUUUAGAAGGAGCCGAUCUACACCUCGUGGGAAAUUUACAAUUUUACCUUGAGGAAUUUACAGUAAAGUCUCACGGUUUCCGGAAAUUUUGUACAUGUACAGUGAGGGUAUUAUCAUUUAAGCUUGAGUUGCAUACUUCUUUUGAUGGGUUCAGAUAUUUCAAAUUCAUUGGAAGUGAUAAUCUCCUAUCUAUUUAUGCUAAUUUUGAAAUAUCUUUGUAUUUUUGGAAUCACUUGAUCCAUAAAUGAAAUACAUAUUCAGUUUUGAGUGCCAA